CUCCGCCCGCACGGCCGAGGCAGUGGGAGUCGGGCGGCUCCGGCGCGGCGCGGGGCUGCAAUUUGCUGAAGGAGGCAAAGAACAUCCUUCGAUCUAAGUAGGGCUUUUAGUGUGCUCAUUGAUGAGUGAAAGUCGCCACACAUGUCAAGCUAAAGGCAGUUGUUGGGUUACUAACAGGACACAACGUCUUGCAAACAUAUGCGUUAAGCUGUGUAUACAGAUGGCAGCGAGAAUAAUGGAGCGGGCGCCGCUUAUAAAGCUCGGGCUGCUGCCUGCCUGCAGACCUGGGAAAUGAAACUAUUCAGACUCGGGGCCAGAUAGCGCCUGGGAUUGUUUGUUACCGUUUUAAUCCUAUUAAUUAAAACGUUAACCUGAUUGGGUAGAAAGCUCUGUCCCAACAGGCGACUCUUCUCCAUAAUAACCUACUCUCCGAGAUAAUGAUGUAAAAGACUCCCCCGUCUGCGGCGGCUGCUGGUUGAUGGGUCCGGAAAUCUCUUGAAGGUGAAUCCAAGCAAGAUAAACGGUGGAAGCGGCGCGGCUGGCAGCGCACAAUGCCCCAGCGCGGCGCCUGCUGAGGGCGAGCCGGAGCCGGAGCUGCAGCGGGAGCCGCCGCCGGAGCACAGCCAGCCGCCGCCGGAACCCGGAGCGGAGCGGGGCCACCGAGCGCGGCGCAGCCCCGCCGGGAGCCGGGAGGCGCCUUUCGCCCGCGGGACGCCGGGGAGCCGCCCGCCGCGGCGCGGAGGAGCCUUGGAGGAGCGGGCCGGGAGCUGAGGGGGGCGGAGGAGGCGGAGGCGCCGAUGGAGCGGGCGCUGGGGCUGCCCGCGGAAGAGGACCUCUUCCACAAGAGCCUCGCCGCCUCGGCCAAGCGCAUGGAGUCCGCCUUCCGCUCGCCCCCGGGGCUCGACCUCUCCCACCCGCGCGACCGCCAGCCCUCGCCGCUCGCCUGCUACGAAGCGCCGGAGCCCGAGGCGCUGCUUCAGCCCGGCGUCGGCGGAGAUCCGCUGGCGCUGCCGCCGGGCUCCGUCUGCGUCAAGUACGGCGAGAGCGCCAGCCGCAGCUCGGUGGCCGAGAGCAGCGGCGGCGAGCAGAGCCCCGACGACGACAGCGACGGCCGCUGCGAGCUGCUGCUGCGCGGCGCCGGGGGGGACCCGCGCGACGCUUCGCCGGCGGCGGGCGGCGGCGGCGGCGGCGGCCCGGGAGGAGGGGGGGGCGGGGGGCUGAAGGCUGCCGAGGGCGGCUGCUCCAACGGGCACGGGCACGGCGGCAGCAAGAAGUCCAAGGAGCAGAAGGCGCUGCGCCUCAACAUCAACGCGCGGGAGCGGCGGCGGAUGCACGACCUGAACGACGCGCUGGACGAGCUGCGGGCCGUCAUCCCCUACGCGCACAGCCCCUCGGUGAGGAAGCUCUCCAAGAUCGCCACGCUGCUGCUGGCCAAGAACUACAUCCUCAUGCAGGCUCAGGCCCUGGAGGAGAUGCGGCGCCUCGUGGCUUAUCUCAACCAGGGCCAGGCCAUCUCGGCCGCCUCCCUGCCCAGCUCCGCCGCGGCGGCGGCGGCGGCGGCGGCCGCGCUGCAUCCCGCCCUCGGCGCCUACGAGCAGGCGGCGGGGUACCCGUUCAGCGCCGGGCUGCCUCCCGCCACCUCCUGCCCGGAGAAAUGUGCCAUCUUCAACAGCGUCUCUUCCAGUCUCUGCAAACAGUGCACGGAGAAGCCUUAAGCCGCGCCGAGCCCCGCCGCCGCCGCCUCUGCCUCCGCCGCGGCCCCGGGGAGAUGAGAGGGAAGGAAAGGGCGCCGGGGGGCCGCGGCCGGGCCGGGCCGGGGGGCGCAGGGGCGGCGGAGGGACUGAGAGCCGCCCGGAUCCCCGCCGCCCUCCGCUCCGAGCGCUCCGCGGGCUCCGCCGGGACGGGACGGCCGCGAGAGGGGGCCGGGGCGGGAGAAGGGGCGGCGGGGGGCGAACACUGCAGCGGGGAGCCGCGGGCUGAGCCCCGGGGGGGCCGCUGCAUGUCCGGACAAUGGGGCGGCUGAGAAACAGCGGCCGGGAGGGAGACAGAGCGCGGGUACGGGGGAGCGGAGCCGUAUCCUGGCCCGCCCAGCACCGAGCGGUCCAGGUGAUGGGGAGCGGAGGUGGAUGGGACAAAUCAGAGAGGGCACGCGAACGUAGGGUUUUUUUUUUUCUUUUUUUCUUUUUCUUUUUUUUUUUAAUUAUUAGCAGUAUUAUUAUAAUUCUUCUGAGCCAGGAAACAAACAAACUUGAAAUGUAAACUUCUUAUUUAAGCGACUCGCAGAAACAAAGAGACUGGAGCAUUGCUUAUGGAAGACUUUGUAUUUUUUAGCGUCUCGAAACUUUGAUCCCGUGCAAACGCGCAAAGUUUUGGUGAGAGUGAUUAAAAAAAAAAAAUAGGAAAAAAAAAAAAAAACCCAAAAAACUACGAGAGAGAUUAAAAAAAAAAAAAAAAAAAAAAAAAAAAAAAGCCUCCCCGAUCCGAACCCCUCCUCCGUGUAUGGCUGAAAGCACCGCGUUUCUGAACGAGGGAUCUGUGUGCACCUCGUCCUCCCCCACCCGCAGCGCUGUACAGACGGGACGUAUUUAUUUGUUCUUCUUUGGGUGAUCCUCCCGCCCCGCCGGUAGUUCUCAUGUGUUAAGGUCAGGGGUCUUCUGUGCGGUUACUUUAUAAUGCUUCUAAAAUUCUGUUUAUGGAUGAACUUAAAACUGUGUGCCAAGUGUUGAAAGCGUUUAUUUGCCAACACCGUAUAACCGGAACUGUUGCUGUACCCGAGCUGCUGAGGUUUCUGAAAGGUCAUCUUGGAUUUUUGAGUUGCAUCAUCCCUGUAUCUCAAUUGAGCUUUAAUAAAUCGCUUCAGUCCAAAAAUGACAGGAAAGGUGUAUUCUUCGUGGCUCGGCCACUGAUUUGGGAAAGGGCUUUGCGUUAGGGCAGGUGAUGGCCGUUCCCUUUUCCCGGGCUCAGAGCAAAAGCUGCUAUGCGAAUAUCGCCAAUGUUUCCCAGGGCGCUGUGUUUGCAGAGGUAUCGUUUGGACCGCUUUUAAUGUGUACGUAAAUCAUUCCUUUCCGACCGUGGAUGAUAAUCUUGAAGUUGAAACACUUGAAAAUACUUUGGGCUGAUUUCCCGAGAGCGUGUGGAGUUCUUUUCUU